AUGAUCCAAGCAGGGGGCGCGCACCGUGACAUCGGCGUCAAUGCUCUCCGCAACAGCAUGGCCGCUGCGGGCGGCCCGUCGGAAUUCUUGCGGUACUGCGUCCACCCUGCUAACAAGGUCGAGCACCACUUCCGCGUUUUCGACGCGGCCUCCAGGUGCCACUUUGUAGGGGCCCAACACUACGCCCAGAGCGAGCGGCACAGCCUCGUGUGCCACGUGGCGCGACGCGUCUUGCUCGUGGACCCUGCCCCGGCCUUCUCCGACGCCCUGGACGCUGGCUUGGCGGCCCAUGGCGGCGACCGCCCGCGGGCCUACAAGCCCUGGGGCCGCGGCCUUCCAGCUGGCGACGCCGCUGCCGUUGGUCAGGAAGCGCGCGACACCGACAACGACGCAGACGGCGACCUCGACGAGAACGGCGUCGACUACCACAGCCGCCGUGCCGUGGUCAAGGCACGCUCGCUGCAGCUACUGGAGACUAGGCCAGCGGCGCGUGGCCCCUCGGCGGUGUCCUACACCGCCCCCUCGCUGCAGCACUUGGCCGCCGUGCGGGCCUUCUACAUGGCUGGCACAGGAUGCUUGGUGCGGGGGGACAUGGGGGCCAUCGCUGCGUUCGAGAAGGCCGCCAAGGCGAACGGCACCUUCAAGAAGCAGUGCGCUUCUCUCAACAUGCGCUGCACGUUUCUGGACAUGUG